ACUUACCUGCCGCGGCCACGUGCGGCGGCUCCGCCCCGCCCGCGCGCCGACCCGGAAGGGGAACGCGAACGGGAACAGGAACGUGCCCCGCCCAUGGCGGCGCCGCGGCGGCGGUUGCCGUGGCGACGCGGGCGCCAUGGCGGCAGCCGGGCAGCCGCCGAGCCUGUGGGAGCGCGUGUGCGCAGAGUAUGAAGCAGAACAACCUACCUUUCCAGAUGGUUAUGAAUCAAAGCAAGAAUCUGUGUCUUUGGAGGCAGGAAUAUUGCAGCCAUUAUGUAUGGAACAAUUCUACACAGCCUCUGCAGCUAAUACUGUUGGCCAGCAGUUCCUUUCCAUAUGCGAGGCAACUACCUCUUCAGAACCACCUGAUCCAAAAACAUGUUCUCCUCGAGAAUACUUAGAGUAUUACAUAUUUCCAAUACUUUUACCUGGAAUGGCUGAACUCCUACAUCAAGCAAAGAAGGAGAAGUGUUUUGAGAGAAAAAGAACCAAAUUCAUUGCCUGUGAUUUCCUAACUGAGUGGUUAUACAACCAGAACCCAAAGAGGAAAGAUGAGUCAUUCACAGAAUUCUUUUCCAUUCCUUUUGUUAGCGACUGGCUAAAGGACCAUCCUAGGCCACCAAUUCCUCUGUCUCUCCUUCUGUCUGAAGAAGAAGCAAGCAAAGUAAUUCAGUCAUUCUGGAGAGGUUAUCGGGUCCGCUGUGAUCCUGAAGUACAAGAGCUACGUGAGUGGCAAAAGCAGCUGAGAGAGGACAAAAAUGUUAUUAAAAAUUUGAAAGAAUUCUGGAUGAAGCAGGAAGCCAAAGGACUUUUUGAUCAGCGCUUCACUUCUCUAUGAAGGGCUCAGAACAAGAAGAAUUUUCUUCAAUGCAGUAUACAAUUUGCUGCAAAUAUUGAAAUCGGAAGACUGUCAUGAUUGUUUUCUGUGAUAGCAAUUUGUUACAAGGGCUGCAAAAUUAGAUUCUCCAAACAUUGAUUCAUAUUUAUAUUGCAGUUUUAAUCCACUAAAGGUCAGGUUUUAUUUAUCUGUGAACACAGUUGCCUCAGGGAUAUAGUGUAGCUGAACAGAAUCAUUCUGAAAGACAAAAUCAUAUAUCACAAUAGGGGAAAACUGUAUUUAUGUGUACAUAAAUAUGGGCGGGAAAGAGGUGUGUGCAGCAAGUGAAGUAGAAUUCUUGGUGUGGUAGCUUAGAGUUCUUACUAAAAGUAUGUAAAAACAAUGAGAAGUAAUAUCCAUCACCGAUAAAUUCUCUUCUAGCAGACCUAACUUAUACAUAAAGAAAGUUUUGACAGAAUGACCAAGGCUUUCUUCGAGUCUCUGUGGGAUUUCAUAGCAUAUUUACUGUGGUUUAAUGAGAGUUUACUUUUAAACAAUUUUUGUGGGUAUAUGUUUUUUUUAAAAAAACAUAAGCAAGCCUUUUUCAAAGAUCUGAAAACAGUGGAUUCAAAUUUACUAUGAUAAAAUUAAUUUCAAUAUAAAUUUACAAAAUGAAAGCCAGAUUCUUCCCUUUGUAAUACUUGUCUAAUUCUGUCCAUGUUAGUUGUUUAGAAUUGCAUUACUGAAGGUGGUAAUAGAAGUUGACCUAGCAGGCUUGCUAAUGCAUUUUAAAUGAUUCCAGUUUGAUGUUUGUGUUUUGCACUCACUGUUUUCCAUUUGUUAGCAUUUGUAUCAUCUCAUCAAAGCAUGGAAUCUUUUUACAUGUUUCAUUCUCCAGGGUACUGGUAAGAGUAACACGUACAUAAGCCUUCCACUUAUUUCUGGGAAGUAAAUUUUAAAAUAGUCCUCCCGGUAUAUAUCUACAACAUAUCACUGUGAAAAGGAGUGUGUAUCAUAUUAGACUGACUUUACGUUUUUUCUUCUAGAGUUAGAUUUAUGUGAAAAUUAAAAAAAAAAAAAAAAAAAAAAAGAAGGGAAGCUGAUCAGUACGCUUGUAGCUACCGUGUAACAUCAUUCCCAAACCAGUGCAGGAAAGUGGUGAACCUAGUCAGUACUGAGGAGGCAGUGCUGCACGUUUCUCUUAGGUAAUGCUGUAGUUUCAGGGAGACUUGCAUCAAUGGAUGCGUACAGCUGUCCUCUUGGUUUAUGCUGAAGCGCAGCAUCUGGAAAAGGGAAGGCUGUGAGGCGCUCAGAGUCCUUGCAUUCCAAAAAGCUAAAACAGGGAAAGAUCUCAAUGCUAGUGAAUGAAUUCUCUCCAGAUGUUGUAGCAGUGGUAUAGUUCAGCAAAAAUAUUCUAGGAAAUGAACUGCUAAAAUUGUGCGUGUUAUUUUCAGCUUUAGUUUCCAUGUACGUGCAGGAGAACUGUGUAUGAAGGCUGUGUUUGUGUAGGCACAUAGGGUGGCUUUCUGCCCUGCUUAUGUGGGCAAUCAUAGUUUACAAUCUUCACACAUAGGAAAUCUUAGAGGUGAAAUUACAAGUGCAUUUUCAGAGGACAAGUUGAAACCAUUUUGAAAAUGUUGCUAGUAAGAAUACAUACAAUGGCAAAAAAAAUAGGGGGGAAUAGACCAGUUGAAUUAAUUGGCAGUUGGCACUGAUUUAAUUCAAGGAGCUUCUGUCACUGAAGAAACUGAAUUAUUUCCAUUGUUUCAGAGAAUAACAUAGUGAUAAGAUUUCCUCUACAUCCUUUACCACUUGUUUCAAGAAGAAAAAAUGUCUCCUUUUAACCCCCUUCAUAGAGCUUUCCUCUCAUCAAAUUAAUUAUUUUAGAACUAUAGUACACACAGCUGUUCUACCACUUCAAAGAAGUGGUACCCUUUUCAAUUUUUAUUAAGUGCAAAUUUGUAUUGCUUUUAGUACUUUAGCUUUCCAUAUUAUCAAAUUGUUUCUAUAAUUACUUAACUGAGCCCUGUUAAGUUAACUUGAAUAUCCAUACAUAAAAUAGCCUUGAGGCACAGACAGCUGGCUAUUUGGAAACAGCUGUAAUAGUUACUGUCCAGUGUUUUUCAUUAUCCAGCUCAGCUGCAAUGCCAUAAUUAAUUUUGUUAACGUUCCAGCUGUUCUUAUUUCUGCUAUUAUUAUUCUGCUAUUUAUUACUGUUAUUAAACCCUGUUUCACUGUGAAGUCAACAUGGUUAAAUUGCCCGCGUCAGUGGUUCAGCUUAACCCAGCUGACUUUGCACUGAAGUGGAUUAUGAGCGCUCAUACAAUAAUGAAUAGCACAGCACACCUACUUUUUAAGCUUGUCUAUCUACACAUUUGGUUUAACUGAAUUACUGUGAAAUCUCCCCUUUAAUUAAACCAUUGUGCUAUUUGCACCAAGCAGAACAAAGCAUUUGUUGUUGCUAAAGACUCAGAUGUCACAAGUAAAGAAUUAGAUUCACAAUCAAAAGAAAAAAAGAACAUUUUAAAAUAGAUAUAGCAAUUUAUUACAAAGUUAACUACAUUAAGAAUAACAAUGAAGUAUUUCUUGAAUUUGUAUAUGACUUUAAACCUGUUUAUUAAGUGCUGUAAAGAUUGUUGGAUCUAACUGUAGGGGAUGAACAGUGUGAGCUGCCAAAUAGCUUUUAGAAAAUGCUGACUCAAACAGUAAUGUGAUUCUAUUGACACUACUAGAAAGAUCAGCAUACCUUCCAUGAAAAUAUCAGCCAAAGACUCUGCUAGUGUGAGCCUAAUGGUCAGAUUCUGCUUUGUUGUGGUUCUCAGUACAAUGUAAUGGAAGGCUUAUUUCAUGUGUAUAUUUUAAAAACAAAUAUUUAUAAUUUUAUGAACUUAUGUUUGUAUAAUAUUGUAUAUUGUUUGUAUAAUACUUAAAGAGGAUAUUAAAAGGAAGUUAUAAA